AUGUCACUUUUCGAUUACUUCUUCAACCGUUCGCAUAAAUUUCGUCUUAAAACAGUGGACAAAUUACAGUCUUAUGCCAUAAAAACUGUCAAAAAGUGGCAUGAGAAGUUCGGUCCAGGCUACGACAAGUUGAAUUAUGUGGGCGAUUUUUUACGAGAAUCUAAGGCUGUAGAUUUCGAUUCAGCUUCUGCAGAACUUUUGGCUGAAAGGUUGAGAAAAGAAGCAGAAGAUCGAAAAAGUGCGGAACUAUCGCAAAAAGUUGUUGCUCACGUCCGCCGAAAACUUGACGAAGUAAAGGAUGACAUUGAACGAUGCAUUGCUUCUGCUGACACAGCUCUCUCAAUCCUAGUGCCCGUGUUUUGUACUGAUUUCGAAGAAAAUGCGGUCAAAAACUGUGACAAUACCUCUGAUCCAAGCAGCGUCCAAGAACUUCAAGAAAAACAGGCUGCUCAUGGCUACACAAGCUCUGACACAAUCUCUGUUGUUUUGGAAUCACUCACCCCAGAGGUUACGAUUAAUGAGAACAACGAGGCGCUACUGGAAAGCGUACGAGAUGCAAAAGUUAUGUUAGAUGUCUACCGAAAUAAGAUUCUCAGCUGGCAGCGCAAAAUAAAUGGGGCCGUUGGUGUUGAAUUGCUUACGCGAGACUUGACAUCAUUCAAGCGAAAGAUCGAUCAACGAUGUGCAAAAAUUGCUGAGUUAAAAAACGAAAGCAAAGGCACUGAUUCUAGCGAAAGUGAAGAAAGCGACCUUGAGGAGGUCCCUGAGAAACAAUUGGAGGAUUUUAUGCCACCUGAUGAAGUUCCGCGACAUAUUAUGGAACGAGUACAGCAGCUGGAAAAGGCUGAAUGUUCUGAACAACCAUGCUGUAGUAAAUCACUGGAAACGAAUCCACCAUCUCCAAAACAGGAUGAGGUCAAGCCGAAUAUUCCUGUAGUUUCUUACGGACUCGAUCUGAAGUACUGGGGAGAACAGCGUUGUGAAGCCCCUAUUCCUCGUAACAAUGCAGAUUGUCAUCGAUUUUGGAGAGCUGCAGAAGAUGACGAUCGGUAA